CAUUUGUGGAGGUUAGGUAGGAUUUAGGAAGGAGAAGGAAAUCCAUUGGGCUGUGUGUUGUGUUAAUUCGAGUAGGAAUAUUGUUUUUGGGUACAAAAAGAAUCAUCUGAAUUAUAUCAGGGUAAAAAUUGUAUAGGAUCUAUUUAAAAAUAAUUCUGUAAAUCUAUCAUGACCGAGUGCAUUACGUUUGAUCCAAGUUGAAGUUGAUUCAUCUGAAUUGUUGACUUUUUUCAUUCAGUUAUUUGAAAGUGAAUAAUGAAUGGAACUAUGAUGGACCGUCAUGGACAGGUCAAUCCUAAACUGCCCAGAAAUUAUAAGCUUCUAGUAGACCCUUUUUUAGUAAAGGGAGCCACCAAGCUUUAUAGAUAUGAUGGAAUUGUACCAACUGACUCAUCUUACCCUCCUGUUAUACCUAGAGAUCCUAGAUCUCAUUUGACACGAAUAUGGACCAGAUUAGAAACAUUAGACCUCCCAGUACCUAGAUUCAAAAUCGAUAUGCAUUAUGUCGGCGAGCCACCUUCAAUAGAAGUCACAAUCUUCCAACUCAAUGACAACAUCGACAAAACGUUUUUACGAGAUAUGGUGCAGAAAUUCGGUGAGAUAGAGGAGCUGUUCAUCUACUAUCACCCUGCCUCCAACAAGCAUCUUGGACUCGGUAGAGUUGUAUAUGAGACGAUAAAAAGCGCAAAGACUUGUGUUGAAAAACUCAACAAAACCAGCGUAAUGGGCAAGAGUUUGGAAGUUUUUCUGGAUCCUUUUGGAGAACAGUGCAAGAAAAAGUUUGAGGAAUUCACAACUGAGAAGAAAGCUAUUCCAUUACCUCCAACUGGUGAUGCUACCCCAUUGGCUGAAGAUAAGAAUAAAAAUGAUACUGAUAGACCAUACGAUCCAGCAGAUGAAGAUUUUGGAGAUAAUGAUCCACCUAAAGCUAAAGAUAAUUUGAAGGAGUCCAUCAAAAAAGUGAAAGAAAGAGAUGGUGAUCGAGACAGGGACAGGGACAGAGAUAGGGACAGAGACAGAGACAGGGACAGGGACAGAGAUAGGGACAGAGAUAGGGACAGGGAUAGGGACAGAGAUAGAGAUAGGAACAGGGACAGGGAGAGAGAAAGGGAGAGGGACAGAGAGAGGGACAGAGAAAGGGAUAGGGACAGAGAUCGUGAGAGAGAAAAAGAAAGAGAACGGGAUAAGGAACGAGAUAAGGAAAGGGAUAAGGAACGGGAAAGGGAACGCGAAAGAGAACGUGAAAGGGAACGGUAUAUAAGCAGGAGUUAUAGGAACAGUGAAUUUACUACUCCUAAUAGUGGAGAUAUGGGAUAUGGCACUGCUCCUAGCGACUUUUCAGCAAGCUUCGGGUCUGCAGGAACUACUCCUUUGAGCUUCGACUACCACACUCACGGCAUGCCGCCGAUGCCCAACCAAUUUCCCUUCGCCACCCCCACUUACCAUCCGAUUGGGGCCCCGCCAUCGGUGUGGUCGAUAGGGACGCCCCAGUGGACCGCGGACAGCUGGGACAGGUCGCCAGCUGGUCUGGCCCCUCCUCCCAAGUGGUCGGACGAAAAACAGAAUUAUAAAAGCAAAGACAAGGACUGGAAGGAUAAAGACAGGGAUAGGGAUCGGGAGCGAGAUAGGGAGAGGAAAAGGAACAACUCUUUGAGCGGUAAAGGAGAGAGGAGAAAAGAGAAGGAUAAAGAAAAAGAGAAGGUUGAAGAAGAAAAUAAACCAUUAGACCUUGACACUAGAAUAGCACUUCUCUUGAAAGAAAAGGGAUCGGGUGGUAUGGCACCUUCUUUCCUCGCUCUUGGUGUUGACUCUGAUGAUGAAUCCAAAACCUCUGAUAAACUACCAAAACACGUUCCUAUUCCUACUUCACUCGAUAGUGACGACGAUGACCGUUCCAGUAUAUCUUUAAGUGACAUGCCAAUCAACCCACCUGCCCCAGAUAUGGAUCUGGAUUUAGAUUUGGAGCAAGACGAGGAGAGUAACCCGUUAUCGAUACCGCCGUCACCGUUUCUAUCUAAAGAAAUUUAUUUGGAGUGUCAUCGGCAUGCUUUGGAACAGGCUGUUGUGGCACGACAACGUGAAGCUCUUGAGACAACGGCUCUGUUGAAAAAAGUACACAUAGAGAUGAACAAAAUUGGCAGUGACAUUUCAUCGAGUGAGGACGAACUACUUACUGGCGAAAGCAUAGAAAAUCAUUACAGCCCUAUCGAGAGGUUUGAUUUCAAGAAAGAAUUCAAAAUGGAGAAGGAUGAUGACAGAAUGAGUCUUUCAUCUCUAAGCAGUAACGAGAAAAUUGAGGAAGUCAAGCCUGAACCGCCUCCGCCUCCCUUACCGCCGCAUACCCCAAGCACGGCCCCACCUCCAAUGCCUCCCAUACCUGGUAUUUAUCCGACACAUUACCCGGGACUACCCGGACUUCCCCAUUAUUCUGGUUACCCAGGUGCUCAGUAUCCUACAUUUCCUCCUCAACCAUUUCCAUACGGUCAACAGGACUGGCGGCAAACUUAUCACUAUGGACAUCACAUGUAUCUUCCCCAACUACAAUAUACUCAAAUAUCGCCCUUGAAUCAGGCGCCACAGUAUAUCCCUUAUCAGAUGCCCCCAAAGAGGCCCGAGGACGAUAAGAACGACCCUCAUGCAUCUACCAUCAACACAGUAAUUCAGAAGGUGACACAAGAACUUAAAAACAUUCUCAAAAAGGAUUUCAACAAGAAAAUGGUGGAGAUAACGGCAUUCAACAAGUUUGAGACGUGGUGGGAAGAGGAAAAUUCAAAGGAAAAUAAAUCAAAAGAGAAAGAGGAACAGACUGAUAAGUCCAUGCUGUCACGUGACAAUAUGAACAUUUUACUUGAAUCGAAUCGUGAGAAUCUGUACAGCAAUCUGAAUGUGGACGCAGUGCCUUCAAUUGGUCUGGGACUGGGUUUGAGGGCAAGUCUGCCAAAGAUGCCCAGCUUUCGAAGGAAAAAAAUUCCGUCGCCUGUACCAGAAGAUGAAGAUGAAUCUCGAAAAGCUUCAGACAAUGAAGAGAUUGUGCACGACUCUGAUUAUGACAUCAGCCAACCUGCCAGGAGAGAACGUAGAACAUCAGCAAGCAGUAUAAGUAGUUCUUCAAGUUCGUUCAGUUCUUCUAGUGAAAGUGAAAGUUCAGAUGAUAGCUCAUCAGAUUCGGAAACUGAAGUGAAACAAAUGAAUAGGAGUAUUAGUCCUGAAAUUCGAGAGACUAAGUUAGAAUCUUUCGUCAGUGAUCCUAUGGAUCCUAUGGAGGAAAGCAGUUCACCUCUCAGAGAUGGAAUUGAAGCUAGGAAUAAAACACCAGAACCCAUGCAGAUUGAUCCCGAUGAUCUGGCAGCUAUCAGGAUAUCCGAAGAUAAAAUUAAGAUUUCUAAUGAAUUGUUCGACAGUGAUAGCGACAUGAGUGAUACAGAACGUUUAAUUUUGGAAAGAAGACGUUUAAACACAGAAUACAUGGAGCAAAUUGAAAAAGAACGACAAGAAAGACAACCCAAACCUACAGAGGUAGAGUCUACCUUGGAUGUUACAGAAAAACAUUCUUCAGAAGAAAUACCUAAACCAGUUGAAAUAGAGGAAAAAAUUGGAGAGCACAAACAUGUCAUGGAGAAAACAUUGGAAGAGCUGGAAGCCGAACGUGACGCUCUUCUGCAACAGGUUCGAAAUCCAGAGCCUCCUAGCUCAGUGAUCAUUGACAAAUACAUGUCUGAAUCUCCCGAAAAUUUGAAGAAACGUCGGGGUGAUUCUGAUGAGGAAAAAUUGGAUGAGAUCAUAAAGAAAAAAUCUAGCACAACAGACACAAAUGGCGAUAUAUUGAAGAAGCAGUUGUCGGACAGUUCUGCAGUAGAAAGUAGUCCUUGUAGUCAGGUUGAACAUGAACAUUCAUAUUGUAUGCAGAAGCCAGAAAAGGAGAAUUCGGAGGUCGUACUGGAACAUAAUCACAAUUUACAAUCGGUAAAUGAUUAUCAUUACACUUCAAAAGAAGAGAAACCAGCGAAAAAAGAGAAAUACCCUAAACAGCCCAGACCUAGGAAACAAAAAGAACACAAGAAACUGCAAGAGUUACAAAAUAAAAUGGGCCAUGGUGAACACUGGGAUUGGAAUUCCUCGAUACCAUACAGUAUUCACAGUGGUAUUUUCCAUAAAGUACGAGACCAAAUGACAGAGUUUGCCGUUCUUUACGAAUUCCUCACUAAAGGCAUUGAUAGGGAAGAUAUAGAGUAUAUUAAAAAAACCUAUGAAGAAAUGUUAUCAAAUGACACGAUGGGUUACUGGCUCAAUGACACCCAUUGGGUUGAUCAUUGUUUAACGGAUCUAUAUUCAUGUCCUCCGAAGAAAAGGAAAAAGGACGAGAGAUUGCAUACGACGGGCUGUGCAAGAACUGAGGGUUACUAUAAAAUGUCGGCUCAUGAAAAAUCUAGAUAUAAAUAUCAUCAUGCUAAGUCAAAUGCUAUAUCGAUGCCCAAUGUACCUGCAGCUACCAAACAAGGCUUAUCAAGAGAAGCGAGAUCAAACCAGCGACGAUUACUAACAGCCUUCGGUAGUGAUACCGAUUCUGAUUUGCUCAAAUUCAAUCAACUCAAGUUUAGGAAAAAGCAGUUGAAGUUUGCAAAGUCCGCUAUCCACGACUGGGGGCUAUUCGCUAUGGAGCCAAUAGCAGCCGACGAGAUGGUCAUUGAAUAUGUGGGGCAAAUGGUGAGACACAGUGUAGCAGAUCUGCGAGAACAGAAAUACGAGGCCACUGGUAUCGGUAGUUCAUAUCUAUUCAGAAUUGACCUGGAAAACAUUAUCGAUGCUACAAAAUGUGGCAAUUUAGCUAGGUUCAUCAACCAUAGCUGCAAUCCCAACUGUUAUGCCAAAGUGAUUACCAUUGAAUCACGAAAGAAAAUUGUGAUAUAUUCAAAACAAAGUAUUGGAGUUAAUGAGGAAAUUACUUAUGAUUAUAAAUUUCCACUUGAAGAUGAGAAAAUUCCUUGUUUAUGCGGGGCAACGGGAUGUAGAGGCACCCUCAAUUAGAUGGAUACCACACCACUUAAGACAUAUUUGUGGAACUUGAUGAAUGCAAACCAUUAUGGAAAAAUUCAAGGGAAUUCUGUAAAAUAUAUGUACAAGACAACUACUAUGAGAGAGAUGAGAUCAGUUAUAAUCAUUAAUUGAUUGCCUCUAAGCUAAGUGAUCUUUACUGUAGCUCUUAUGUUAAAAUAUUCGUGACAAUGGUGGUUUCUUCAGUAAUGUGGAGUGAAUUCUUUUCAUAAUGAAUAAGGAAUAUUGUGAAAUUUUAUGCUAUACGUUUUUAUAUCUGUAUAUAUCUAUUUGUAAAUAUUAGUGAUUAAUUAUUGUUAAUGUAUUUUUAAUCGAAUUGCCGGAUGAUUAAAGAGAAAAAUAUACCAACCGA